AUGUCGUCGGAUAAUCUAUUUGAAGACCUCAAGAAAGAGAAUGUUGAUCUGGAAAACAUUCCAAUUGAAGAGGUUUUCAAGCAGCUAAAAUGUAGCAAAGAAGGUCUAACAUCUGCUGAGGGAGAGAAUAGGCUAGUGAUAUUUGGUCCUAAUAAAUUAGAAGAGAAAACAGAAAGCAAGUUCCUUAAGUUCUUAGGUUUCAUGUGGAAUCCAUUAUCAUGGGUUAUGGAGGUUGCUGCUCUUAUGGCUAUUGGAUUGGCCAAUGGAGGGGGCAAGCCGGCGGAUUGGCAAGAUUUCGUUGGUAUUGUUGUGUUGCUUGUCAUCAACUCAACCAUUAGUUUCAUUGAAGAAAACAAUGCAGGUAAUGCUGCAGCAGCUUUAAUGGCCGGUCUUGCACCUAAAACCAAGGUGCUGAGGGAUGGAAAAUGGACUGAGCAAGAGGCGUCGAUUUUGGUGCCAGGAGAUUUAGUGAGCAUCAAACUGGGAGAUAUUGUUCCGGCUGAUGCUCGUCUCUUGGAAGGAGAUCCCCUUAAGAUCGACCAAUCUGCACUUACUGGUGAGUCACUUCCGGUUACCAAGAACCCUGGUGAUGAGGUCUUCUCUGGUUCAACCUGCAAACAAGGUGAGAUUGAGGCUGUUGUCAUUGCCACCGGUGUCCACACUUUCUUUGGAAAGGCUGCUCACCUUGUAGAUAGCACCAACAAUGUUGGUCACUUCCAACAGGUGUUGACAUCGAUUGGAAACUUCUGUAUCUGCUCCAUUGCACUAGGAAUGUUGAUUGAGAUUAUUGUGAUGUACCCAAUUCAACAGAGGGCAUAUAGAGAAGGUAUUGACAAUUUGUUGGUUCUUCUCAUCGGAGGUAUCCCAAUCGCCAUGCCAACGGUUUUGUCCGUGACAAUGGCUAUUGGGUCUCACCGUUUGUCUCAGCAAGGAGCUAUCACCAAGAGGAUGACAGCUAUUGAAGAAAUGGCUGGGAUGGAUGUUCUCUGCAGUGACAAGACCGGAACUCUCACACUUAACAAACUCUCUGUUGACAAAAACUUGAUUGAGGUGUUCGUUAAUAGCGUAGACAAGGACGGUCUUCUCUUGGCUGCUGCCAGGGCUUCUAGGGUUGAAAACCAAGAUGCCAUCGAUGCUUCAAUCGUUGGAAUGUUGGGUGAUCCCAAGGAGGCAAGAGCCGGAAUCACUGAGGUGCAUUUCUUGCCCUUCAAUCCAGUAGGAAAACGCACUGCUAUUACAUACAUUGACGGCGAGGGAAAUUGGCACAGAUGCAGCAAGGGUGCUCCUGAACAAAUAAUUGAGCUUUGUGAACUCAAGGGAGAGACUUUGAAAAAGGCCCACACAAUCAUUGAUCAGUUUGCUGAACGAGGUCUGCGUUCAUUGGCUGUUUCUCGCCAGACUGUUUCAGAAAAGACCAAGGAGAGUGAAGGAGACGCAUGGGAGUUUUUGGGUCUCAUGCCACUCUUUGACCCUCCAAGGCAUGACAGUGCUGAGACUAUUCGACGUGCUCUUGACCUCGGUGUUAAUGUUAAGAUGAUCACUGGUGACCAACUUGCCAUUGGAAAAGAAACCGGUCGCAGACUUGGAAUGGGAACCAACAUGUAUCCUUCAUCAUCCCUUCUUGGUGAUAACAAGGACCCUGCCAUUGCAUCAAUCCCAAUUGAUGAACUCAUUGAGAAGGCUGAUGGAUUUGCCGGAGUCUUCCCUGAACACAAGUACGAGAUUGUGAAGAGGCUGCAAGAUAGAAAACACAUCGUUGGUAUGACUGGUGAUGGUGUGAACGAUGCACCUGCAUUGAAGAAAGCAGACAUCGGUAUCGCUGUUGCAGAUGCAACUGAUGCUGCAAGAAGUGCUUCUGACAUUGUUUUGACAGAGCCGGGUCUAAGUGUGAUUGUGAGUGCUGUCUUAACUAGCAGAGCCAUCUUCCAAAGGAUGAAAAACUAUACAAUCUAUGCUGUUUCUAUCACCAUCCGUAUCGUAUUCGGAUUCAUGCUUGUCGCUCUGAUAUGGAAGUUUGAUUUCUCACCUUUCAUGGUCCUCAUCAUUGCCAUCUUGAAUGAUGGAACCAUCAUGACCAUCUCUAAGGAUAGAGUGAAGCCAUCACCAGUGCCCGAUUCAUGGAAACUCAACGAAAUCUUUGCUACUGGAAUCGUUCUUGGAUCUUACAUGGCCAUCAUCACUGUUGUGUUCUUCUAUUUAGUUCAUGACACCGAUUUCUUCACCAGAGUUUUCGGCGUGAAACCAAUUGGAGACAGUAAUGAUCAUCUUAACUCAGCUCUCUACCUUCAAGUCAGUAUCAUAAGUCAAGCACUCAUCUUUGUGACAAGGUCAAGGAGUUGGUCUUACGUCGAAUGCCCCGGCCUUUUGCUUCUUACAGCCUUCUUUGCUGCACAACUGGUGGCCACUGUCAUUGCUGUGUAUGCACAUUGGGGAUUUGCUAGAAUCAAUGGCAUUGGUUGGGGAUGGGCAGGAGUAAUCUGGAUCUUCAGCAUUAUUACUUACAUUCCUCUCGACAUCCUUAAAUUCAUCAUCCGAUUGGGAUUGUCGGGAAAGGCAUGGGACAACAUGCUCGACAAUAAGACUGCCUUCACAACAAAGAAGGACUACGGAAAAGGAGAGAGGGAAGCUCAAUGGGCUAUGGCUCAACGCACACUCCACGGUCUUCAAGUUCCAGAAUCACAUAAGAACAACAACAAUCACUGUGAACAAUCUGAAAUGGCUGAGCAAGCCAAGAGACGCGCUGAGGCUGCUAGGCUGAAAGAGCUUCAUACACUCAAGGGACAUGUUGAAUCUGUGGUGAAGUUGAAGGGUCUUGACAUUGAUACCAUUCAACAAAAUUACACACUAUAA